AGUUCGUUAUUACUCUUAUUUCUCGAUCUAAUUCAGAAAAAUCGAAACUGCAAAGCUAUGGCUUCAGUCUUUGCUGGAGCUCUACAAUCAACCAGGCUUUUGUCCUUCGCUUCACUUCCCUCUCCCAAAUUCACUUCCCAUUCUCUUUCAAAUUGGUGCCUCAAGUCUCGUCCUCGUACUAUCGCCACAAAUUUCUCCUUCAAAUCAAGAAAUAGUGCUCUCAGUGGAUCGCGUUUUCUUGUAAGAGCCAUCGCAGAAGAAUUCUCCCCUGAUGUUGGACAGGUUCUAGGUGAUGUGAGGAUUUUCACUGCUGCCGGUGAGCCGGUCUUGUUCAAGGACCUCUGGGACCAGACCGAGGGAGUGGCUGUUGUUGCGCUUUUGAGGCAUUUUGGAUGCCCUUGCUGUUGGGAGCUUGCUUCAGCAUUAAAAGAAGCCAAAGCAACAUUUGAUUCUGCAGGCGUGAAAUUAAUUGCAGUUGGCAUUGGUACACCUAAUAAAGCUCAAAUACUUGCUCAGCGGUUACCUUUUCCAAUGGAUUGCCUUUACGCUGAUCCUGACUGCAAGGCAUAUAAUCUGUUUGGCUUAUAUUAUGGUAUAGGCCGAACAUUCUUCAAUCCAGCAAGUGUUAAGGUGUUAUCAAGAUUUGGGGCUCUGCAGAAAGCUGUAAAAAACUAUACCAUUGAAGCCACCCCAGAUGAUAAAAGAGGCGUACUGCAACAGGGAGGGAUGUUUGUAUUCAAAGGAAAAGAUUUGCUGUAUGCAUGGAGAGAUGAAGGGACGGGUGAUCAUGCCCCUUUAGAUGAUAUCUUUAGUAUUUGCUGCAGGGUUCCCGCGUGAAAUAGUCAAAUAGACAGUAGUCUUCGAGAUAUCGGUAUUGUUACUGCAUCAUAUAAUCUCUUUUUAUAUGUCCUGCUAAGUACUACUGUUGCGAUCUCCAGAAAUCUCGCGUACUGCGUGUUGUAAAUUCAUAGUUACGGCAAUGAUCUUAUCAACAGUUGAUCAUCAGAACAAAAUUAUUUGUACACAAAAGAAUAGUAAUUAAGUAUCUUGGCUGAUAGAAUGGUGAAAGAAUAAAGUUGUACCAAAAUUAACUUUUGCUUUCA